AUGGCUUCAACAACAAGAUCCCUUUUGCCAGCCAAUAACAAUACCAUCAUACCAAUUAGGAAAGACUUUAGCUUCAUCGGUGCUGUUCGGGAAACCUUCCCUGCUCAUUAUUCGUUGUUUAAUGCCGAAAUUUAUUUUUCAAACAUGUUGUUGAGUGAUUUAAUGUCAAAUUCAUCAUCCAGUAACCAUCCUUCGAAUUCAAUUCUUCUUUCCACACAAUCUUCACUCACGUAUCGAGUAGUUGCCUAUGUAGCCAAUCUAUUUACUGUCACCUUGAAAGAUAGAGUGAGCCCAUUCAUCACAAAACAAAUGGCUAACUUGGUUUGGCUAAUCCGAUACAAGAUUUUGUUUGAUAAUUUAAAAUUGAACACGAUUCAUCAUCACGUAGACACGAGUCUCAACAUCACUACUAUUAGUAAUAUUGGAGAAAAUAAUCAAAAUAAUAUGAAAUAG